UAUGAUGUCUAUUAUUAGAUCAAAUUAACGCACAUGUCACCCUACACUGGUUAAAGAAGUUUCAUCUGCAUAACCCGGAAGUUCUCUGUGCUUUUGGUGACGGUGCAUUAGGCGACAUGGCUCAUCUUUGUUUGUUUAGCCUGUUGGCCCUGUCCCUGGUUCUUAAGACCCAGGCCUUGACCCCAACCCAUCAUCUGACCACCACUGAUGUGGCCAGACUUCAGGCUGUAUUAAGCCAACCCUUCACUGACCUCAAGUCUGCUUAUUACUCUGUUGUUGGACUUAGCAAGUUGGGGAUCUUUGUUGCGGAUGCAGAUGAGACAUGCCGGUUUAUCAAGUCAAACCUGGACCCCUCUAGCGUGGAGUCACUCUUUUAUGCCGCAGAGGCCAGUCAGGCUCUGCCUGGAUGUGAGAUUCCUGUGUCAAAUGACACUCGUGAUUUGCUUUUGGCCACCGUCAGUGAGGACUCCACUGCCUCUCAGAUCCAUCAGUCUGUGAGUACUCUCAGCUCUCUUGGCUUACCUCUGGCCUCACAGGAAGUGGUCAGUGCCCUGAAAGCUCGCAUCUCCAAAGAGGAUAAUGUCUUGACAAUAAUUUUGGCACUGCAGACUGCGUCUCGUCUCUCUCAGCAAGCUGAACUUGGAGAUAUCCUGGAGGAGAUUGAGGAUCUCGCUGCCCGUUUAGAUGAUCUUGGUGGAGUGUAUCUUCAGUUUGAGGAGGGGUUGGAGGCCACAGCACUGUUUGUUUCUGCUGCAUAUGCCCUGUCUGAUCAUGUGGACAUGGAGCCCCCCCUGAAAGAGGAUCAGGUUAUCCAGCUAGUGAACUCCAUCUUCAGUAAGAAGUCUUGGGACUCUCUCUCAGAGGCAUUCAGUGUUGCUAGCGCAGCUGAAUCGCUUUCCAACAAUCGCUUCCAUGUUCCAGUCAUUGUCAGUGCCCAGGGGCCUGCUGCCAUAUCCCACAGCCAGCCCUUCCUCCGGCUUCAGGUGACAGAUGUCCUUUGCCAGCCCCUCAGUUCAGCAAGUGUGCUGGUGGAGUCAGCCAGUGCUACUUCCUCAAAAUCUGCCAUCCUAAGCCAGGCACCAUUCACCCUCAGAGAUGGGAUUUUUGAGCUGAAUUUCAUGUCCAGCAAACCAGCGAGUGGCUACUAUCAGUUCUCUAUUGCUAUUGCUGGUGACAGCCGAUUUGUUGCCAACCAUGUUGAGCUCAAGGUAAAGGUUUCUACCCGAGUUUCCAUCAACAACAUGGAUUUGUCUGUCGUGGACAAGGACCAGAGCAUUGGCCCCAAAACUACCAGAGUGGAAUAUCCAACGAAAGCCAAAGCAUCUUUUAUGGCAGACAGCCAUCAGAACUUUGCCAUGACAUUCCAGUUAGUUGAUGAGACCACAGGAGUGGAACUCACACCCCACCAGACCUUUGUGAGGUUACACAACCAGAAGACCGGUCAGGAGGUUGUGUUUGUGGCUGAACCUGACAGUAAGAAUUUGUAUAAGUUUGAGCUUGACACAACUGAGAGAAAGACAGAGUUUGACUCCAUCUCUGGCACCUACGCUCUUUACCUGAUGGUGGGAGACGCUACGCUGGAGAACCCUAUUUUGUGGAACGUGGCUGACGUUGUGCUGAAGUUCUUAGAUGAAGAGGCACCUUCAACAAUUCAGGCUAAAACGUUGUACACACCCAAACCAGAAAUCCAGCAUCUAUUUAGAGAGCCAGAGAAAAAGCCUCCCACAGUUGUGUCCAACGCAUUUACCGCACUGGUCCUCUCUCCGUUUCUGCUCCUGCUCAUACUGUGGUUUAAACUCGGAGCCAAUAUUUCAAACUUCACACUGUCACCCAGCACUAUUCUCUUCCAUAUAGGUCACGCAGCUAUGUUGGGUCUAAUGUAUGUGUACUGGACUCACUUGAACAUGUUCCAGACUCUGAAAUAUUUGGCUAUCAUAGGCAGCCUCACAUUCCUGGCUGGGAACCGCAUGCUAGCACAAAAAGCUGUGAAAAGGAUUGCUGCAGAACAAAGUAGUAGGUUGGCAAAAUAUAGGAGUCUGCGAUAAAUGCCUGAAUGUUUUGCAAAAAAGAAAGGCCAGUCUUCAGGCUGAAGUAAGGCUUGAUGUUGCCACCUGUGCAUCCCAUAAUAUGGCAUCAACAUUUCCAUGAUAACACCUACUGCAUGGCUAUGUUGGUGUGUUAGUUGAGUGAAGCUCACAACUUCCUUUGAAACAUAAUGCCAUUUGUGACUGUCAAGCCAUAUUUUUCAUGUCAUGCUUUUUAUUGAUCAGAGUGUUGUGAUUUACUUAUUUUUGUUGGCUUGUGUUUCACUUCAUUAGUGUGAGCAGUGACAUACUCCAGACUACAGUUAAGGCCCUUUGUGAUAAAUUGCUUGAUCUUUUUGAUCUGAGAUUUUAUAUUUAUUUUGCCCCAAAGUCUUUUUGUCCCUGCGAUUGUGUUUCUCAGUUGGGGAGUUGCUUGAUUAAAGUUCUGCGUGAACAAAUACUCAAACUCCAAGCAGCAAGUUAACUAAACUAUUAUUUCCAGUACAAAUGUGUUCUAACAAUAAGGGGCAUCAUAGGGCUUCACUAUUGGUUCACAAAUGGCAGUGAUAUUUGCCUAGCACAAAUAACAUUUGCAGCAUUGCCUUUUUGUUUUUUAUUGUUCAAAUAUUUUCUCAUCUGGCUUUAUGUACACAUAUUUCUUUAUCAUGCAAAAGUAGUUAAAUUUAUAAUAGUGAAUUUGCUCUAAAAUAUCAGUUUGAUCGGCAGCCUUUAACAUCAACAACCAAAAUACAGGUUUCCUGUUGUUUUUUACUAACAAACACAAAAAUUGGUAAAACUUCAGAGUAGGAAACACAUAUUCAAUAUUAAUUAUAAAGAGUUUUUUCCGAACAAAUUCCUAAUUUGCUGAUAAUAAUAAUUAAUAGUUAGGUUGUUAAUUUUGGGUAUGGGGUGGAUUAAGGGAUCUAAAUAUGGUCAUGCAGAAUAAGUCAUUAAUAUGUGCUUUGAGUACUAAUAAACAGCCAGUAUGCUAGUAAUACGCAAUUAUUUAAAAGUGAUAACUGGUGCUUAAAAUAGUGUUACCAAAAAUUCUUAUGACAUUAAUUCUGUAAAAACACAAAUCUAAACAAAUUUACAGUACAACCUGUAAAUUAAUUAGCAAGGAUAUACUGUUUCUUAAAUCAGUUUUAUGCUUUAAACAGGUGGUAAAGAAAAAGCCACAUGAUGAAAAAAAAUUUAAUCACAAGUAGCCUUUCCACAAGGUGAGGUAAAUUCUAAUGAAUAGUAAGUGCAUGGUGUCAUACAGACACAAUAUACACAUCUGAUAGCAAAAACUACCAGUAAACAAUUAUUUAAAUGAAAUCCAAUCAAAUGUGAAGUGCCACAAGUAAUUUUGGAAAUGGAAGUUUAUGACUUUUCAGUUCUUUUCUACUUCCCAAAAGGGCACAUUUAACAGUAUUUUACUAUAAAAUUACAUGUAAGUUAAGAAUUAUGACACUGAAUUUUUCUGUAUAUGAUAAAGGAACCUGCCACUAACCAGUUAAUAAAUGUUUACUGUAGCGUUUUUACAAUUAAAAUUACAAUGAUUUCUUAGUGGAGCUCAUAGUAGUCUGGUGAAUACUACUUGUAACCUGUGAGAGAUUAGAGAUUAUGCAUUUAUCAAAAGCGAUUUACAGUGCAUUCAGGUAAUAAUUUUUUAUCAAUAUGAGUGUUCCCUCGGAAUUGAACCCAUGACCUUUUGUUCUGCUAACACAAUGCUCUACCACUGAACCAGAGAACCUACACAUAACUGGCCUGUUAAAGAGGAAUUGCUCUGUGCAAGCAGUGCCUGGUAUUUGCAAUACCUGAUUUGCAUAUGUUUUCAAACCUUGCUGAAGCACUGCAGACAUGAUGCAUGCUAAUAAACAAUGCUCUGUGCAUGCUAUAUAUUCUUGGUGAAUUCCUUCUAUUAAAAUUGUUUUGAAUUCUCA